AUGGCUGCGGAAGAGGACACUAGAGGCACGGUGGCAGUUGUCAUUCACACUGUUAUUCUAGUUCAUGCAACGAUCUUUUCACUCACCGGGAACAUGUUCAUUAUUUACGCGUUGUACAGAAACAGGAGACUGCGCACUAUUACGAAUUUCUAUGUGGUAUCGCUUGCAUUGGCCGACAUGAUGAUGGCUAUAUUAAGCUUUCCUUUCCAAGCGACCGCUUCAGGACUGCGAAAAUGGUUUUUCGGACACCACUUCUGUCAACUAACUGGUUUUGUCGUACAAUAUUGGGUUCAAGUGUCACUCUCCAUUCUGACUUUAGCCUCGCUAAAUCGAUACUUCUGCGUCGUGAAACCAAAUAAAUACUCGUUGUUAUUCACUCACAGGAAAACUGUAACUUCAUUACUUGGGGUCUGGAUUAUCCUCUGUAUUGAAUUACUGAUUUUCGUUUUUACCGCACCAAUAAAAUUUCGAUGGAUCCCUGACAGUUUAUAUUGCCGAACAACUUUUGACAGUGAAAGUUCAGAGAGGAUUUCUUUCGUCUUCUUUGCUUGUUUUUCCGCUGUUUUAAUGUCCGUGGUCGUCUUUUGUUAUUACAGCAUUUAUCGAGUUGUCAAACAACACAACAACGUAGUUGUCCCAUCCUUGCAGAGAGCGAACAACCAUGGAAGAAUUAAUGCGCAAGACGUGAAAUCCUCUCGGGCAAUCUUUGCUGCCGUACUUGGAUUUUCGAUCGCCUGGUGUCCUUUUAUUUUCAUGUCGAUGCUGGAGUUUGGUUUUCAGGUAUCAAUUCCUUCCUCAGCAAAGUCAGUUUACCCUUUAUUUUCAUCCCUCUCUGCCUGGAUUAAUCCAGUAAUUUAUGGUAUCAUGAAUCGUGCCAUGCGAAACGAGUUUCAGAAAAUACUAUUUUGUAGAAAGGAUUGA